UUUUUGUUGAUCUACUUUGAAUGUUAGCUGUUCAUGAUACACUUGGAGCCAUCUGAGGGAACAAGCAUCAACGAUGACUUCUCCUGGCUGCCAGCUGAAGGAGAUUUCUACCGAGUUGAACCUUAAUUCCCUAAAGACACAGCAACUCCUGGAGAGGAAAAAAAUCCUCUGUUUAUUUCUGGAGUUGAGGAAUCGUGCUGAGUUUGAACAAACAGAGGAGUCGGCAUCAAAUCAGAAGGAGAUUAUCGACAUUGAUGAAAAACUGAACCAACUGGCAGAAGGGAAGGCUGAACUCCAAAAAAGACUGGAAAACAUACACAAUGGCAGAGAAAAGACUGACGAGAAGAAAGAGGUUAGCUCCCCCUCCGGUCCAAAGAUGGUUUCUGGUAAACUUUCUUCUUCCUCAAAUAUUUUCUACGUUGUGGCUCCGCCUAAUAUUCCAGCCCCUAAAGUGCAUCUGGACUUGGAGAACCUUCCUCCGUGUCCAUGCAGGACUCAGUGUCCAGAGUGUCAGCAGUUUGUCACAACAGAGACGUUCGCCUCUGUCAGCAGUGUGACCUGGCUGAUGUGUUUCAUGAUAGCUAUGGUUGGUUGCGUGGCCGGUUGCUGCCUCAUUCCCUUCUGCAACAAAAAGUUCCAAACCAUCGUACACAGAUGUCCUUCGUGUCGAACACAAAUCCAAGCAAUAAAAAGGCUCUGAGAGGAAAGCUGCAGGAGAGUUCUUGAAGCUCACUGAAGGGCAGAAAAUGAAUUUAUGUUGUGUCUAUUUUUAUUUGAGUUGCUCAACGUGAAUAUGGUAAAAUGAUAUCGCCGUGUUUGUCACUGCGUCAUUCAUGAUGGAAAGAACCUGCAUAAAUCCCAUUUUUGGAGUUUUUCCAGGACAUCAACCAAGAUCUCCUCUCACAAGAAAUUACAUUGUAUUUGGUAUUUCAUAAAGGACAGCAAACAUGACUUGAUAAUGAACAAUCUGAUUGCCCAAAGACACUUCAACAUCUGACUGCAGGACCUUGGGAUCAAACCCCCAACCUUCUGUGUACUUCACAUGGGAGAUAGGUAAGCUUUAACUAUGUAUGACCUUUUUCUUUGCUACUGUUAUCUUUGUUGAUAUGUGUUGGAAUGACUCUCAGGGGGCAUUGGUAUUUAUUUUUUAAGAUGAAUCUAGCAUUUUUUAGUCAGCAUAGGUGUGUUUCUGCGUUUAUUAGAAAGAGUGGGCAUCAGAAUAGGAGCACAUAAUGGGUCCAUUUCAUUUGCUAUUCGUACAACAUAUUUGAUGGAAGUGAAAAUAACAGCUGCUUGAAGUGGAAAAUAGCUACGGGUAUAAAACCUCAACUGUGAGGUAAUGGUUGUACAUGGUGAGUUAAAUUGGAGUCAAAUUCCUCGCAUGUAUGUGUACACAUACCUGACCAAUAAAUAUGAUGCUGAUUCUG